UCCAAACCUAGAAAAUUGGGUUUUCUUUUUCACUAUUUGCAAUAUUUCUAGAUCUCGUGAAAAGAUUGUUGGAAUUGUAUUUAAAAUUUAUUCUGGGAAAAGGGGUUUUAGAGUUUGUAACUGGGAAAUGAAGAAUUAAUCUUUAUGUGGUAGGUAGGUAUAUAUAACUUGGGGAAUCAGUAUGAUGCCAAUGAGGAGAAGCGGCUAGAGUUACGUUCAUGUGCCUAUGCUGUACUGAGUCUACUGACUAUGAUGUUGGCUAAUGUUGUCAACUUGUCAUGUAGAUGAAGAAGACACUGUAUUCUAUGCACCUAAAGUUUGGGGCUUUUUAGAACUUGCACGUGAUAUUGUGUUCCAUACAUGAGGAAGCCUGGAACUAUGUUAGCAAGUAGGAACAACAGCAAAAUACUAUUUUCUACUCUCUCACCAAUCCCUCCCACAGGUAUGCAAAAUUUGUGGAACACGGGUGGGGAUGGAUUUGGUUGGCCAUAUAACUAUGCAACACGGAAGUCUUCUAAGAAUAUCCUUUAUGAUUGUCAACAUGUCUAUCCUCAAUAUCAUGUGUGUGUGAUGUGUGUGCAUCAUUUUCUUGUUAAUCUUUUGUUAGAGUUAGUCCAGCAUUUGUCAUUCUGAUAUUUUACAUUUAGCCCCUCCGACCUUUUAAGUUUGAGAUUGCAACACUGAAGUCAUCGUUUAAUGUCAUCAGAUUAAAAGGGUCAUAGCAAAUGUAGAAAUGCCACUCUAGCCAAGGGUUAAAUUUGAAUGUUGUUUGUUGUAUGAUGAUCUUUUAAGGGCAUUAAAGCAGGCUUCUUCAUUGAGUUAUUCUCCCAUCGAUGUUUUUCUAACCUCCUGAUUAGAUUCCUGGAAUAAUGUUAAAUUCAAAACUUUCCUUGACAUGCAAAACAAAAGGAGAUGUAAAAGAGGCUCUAAUUCAACAGAUACUAUUCUAAGGAAGGAGCUACAGGAAGGAAACAUGACAUCUUUCCAUAAGGGUUCCUCACGUGUAGUUUCAUCGACUACAGAAGCUGAUCCUAUGCUAUCAUCUUUUAUGUACAAUCCACCUGUGGCUGAUGAAACUCCUGAUGCUCAACCAUGUUUUUCCGCCGGGGAGUCCUCAAUGAAGGAGAGCUCACAUGAUGACUUUCUGGAAAGAAAUGGCGUACCAUCUCAUGUUUCUGAGGACCAAGAAGAGAAUGCAGAGAGAUGUGAAUUUGUUCAAUCUCUUAUGUUGUCUACUUUUUUUAAAAGCGUCUAAGCAAAUAUGCAGUUGUUAUGCGGUCAAGGAGAGAGCGAUGGUUUGAGGCAGUGAGCUGAGUGAGGGCAUGACCGCAUGAAGCGGAUCACAUAUGUAAACUGUACCGUAGUAAUAGCCAAUUUAGUCUUUAUAUUUCAUUAAUGUGUGUAUGAAUGAAUGGCUUGAACACAUGUAUAUGAUGUAUUCAAGUCCUGCAAACUACUGCUUAUAAAAAAAUAAUUGUAUCUAACAAAUAAAAACCAACAACCCAACUUAUUAUAGGGAUAAGUAUGUUAUCUAUACCCUUUGGUCUUUAAUCAGUCUUAUAUAUACGUAGUAUAAAACAUCUUUGCUUCAUCACCUG